CAGUCAGGACCCCCAUGCACCUCAACAUGCUUCUGUACUGCAAGAUGGCGGCUCUCUUGGGCAUAAACGAGAGUAGUUCUACGGUGCUGCUAUUUGAGAAGUUUAAAACUACACAACUCGGAGCGCCCGGUAGUGGAGCGGAGCUAAAAAGAAAACAGACAAUGAUGCGGGCGGCUUGUAUUACCCAGUCCAUGUGCAUCGUGAUGCUUAUGAUUUCUGUCCUGGGAUUGAUCUGUGUGAGACAGGUUGAUGCUAAUCAAGAAACUGGGACCAUCCUUCCAGCUGAGAGUCGCCCCUGUGUGGACUGUCAUGCGUUUGAAUUCAUGCAGAGGGCGUUGCAGGAUUUAAAGAAGACUGCGUUUAACCUUGACUCAAGGACUGACACUCUUCUGUUGAGAGCGGAGAAGAGAGCUCUCUGUGAUUGCUUUUCUACCAAUGAACUCAGCUGAGCAGGCAUCUUCAGGGCACUCCUAAAAACAAUACAAAAAUCAAUUUCUAAUCCUCAUUUAAAAUAAUAUAAGAAACAGAACACCUGCACAUGCCUGGGAGCACUGUUUAUGUGGUGAUAACUGCAGCUCAGAAAAGCAGCUGAGCACACCUAAUUGGCCCUAUUAUUUUAUAUGUUAUGUUUGCAUUACUGUAAAAUGUGCCCAUUUUGUCCAAAGCGAUGUUAAUGUUUUAAAACUAUCCAAAAAAUAAAAGCAUGUAUGAGUGGGUAAGACAUUGUAUGAGCUGUGAUUGUCCCGAGUGCCUGUGACUUCUACAAAUGAGUGGCCAGUUUGUAUCCAAACAGUGAGUAGUAGUGGUGCAUACACAAGUUGCUUUGUGAUCCACAUGAUAAAAAGAAGGGUCAUUUUAUUGAAUGCAGAUACUUGUGCACAAUAUGCUGCUCCAUUUAUAGUUUAGUUUUAAUACAAGUCAUACUAAACAUAAUACAGUUAGAAGAACAUCACUAGUAGUUUCUGCUUUUUGUCAAGCUGAUUACUGUAUCUGUAUGUGCUGUAAAUACUAUAAAGUCAUAAAUAUUUGCGAGCCUUUUAUGUGUUUUUCGUGUAUGAAAAAAAUGCAAAAAUUUUUGGCACGAAUAUCAAAUUCCACUAACAACAGAUACUUUGAAUAUUGCAACAUGUCACCAAUAUUUCUGGAGCAAAAUAGGUUUUAUGGGUGUAGUUCGCCAAAUAUUUUGGUUGCAAAUAUUUAUGGCUUUACAUGAAGGAUGUGUAAACUGUGAUCUUUAAGUUUCCUUUAGCUGUGGAGUUGCACUUAAAUGUAUUGGGAAAAUACGGAGCAUGCAAACUUCUCAAAUGCAGUAAUACAUGUUUCAUGUUUUUGGAAUGCCUUUGUUUUUGCCUGUUUUCUUUUGCUAGAUUGUCAUGGCUUUUGUAGUGUUGGUAAACUUGAAGGUGAUCAUUAUUUUCACUGUUUGGAAUUGGUUAUUGUUUAGCCUGUAUUAAAACACACAACUAUA